CCCGUUGCCAAGGUGGCGACGGUCGCCAUGGCAACCGGUGUUGACAAACUGGCGCCGUGACAACGGCCGCGCCAACGGCGCCGCUCGCUCCUCUGCCGCGCGCAGCUCCCUCUGAGCGUCUCCAUCUCCCUUGUGUGGCGAUGCCCCUGGCCAUGGAGGUGAUGAGAGGAGGCAGCAGCAGCGGCAGGAGUGGAGAUGGCGCUGUGACCCAGGGCUUCACGGUGAAGGCCAGGAUGAAGAACGCCGUGGUGUUGGGCCCCCCGUCGGCGGGCGCGUUCCGCGAGCGCCCCUCCAAGCCGACGGCGUUUCGCAAAUUCUACGAGCGGGGAGACUUCCCCAUCGCCCUGGAGCACGACACCAAGGGCAACCGCAUCGCGUGGAAGGUGGAGAUUGAGAAGUUGGACUACCACCACUACCUGCCGCUCUUCUUCGAUGGCCUCUGCGAGACGGCGCACCCCUACGAGUUCUUUGCGCGCCAGGGCGUGCACGACCUCCUGGAGCACGGCGCCGCCAAGGUCCUCCCCGUCAUCCCGCAACUCAUCAUUCCCGUCAAGAAUGCGCUGAACACGCGCAACACACAGGUGAUGUGCACGUCGCUCAAGGUGCUGCAGCACCUGGUGCUGUCGGCCGACAUGGUGGGCGAGGCGCUGGUGCCCUACUACCGCCAGAUUUUGCCCAUCCUCAACAUCUUCAAGAACAAGAACCGGAACUCUGGCGACGAGAUCGACUACAGUCAGCAGAAGCGCGAGAACGUGGGCGAGCUGAUCGAGGAGACGCUGGAGACGCUGGAGCGGCACGGCGGCGAGGAUGCCUUCAUCAACAUCAAGUACAUGGUGCCCACCUACGAGUCCUGCCUGCUCAACUAGUCGGGACCCCCCCCCCCACUCAACCAGCUGGGCCCCCCACUCAACUACCCGGGCCCCCACUCAACUACCCGGGCCCCCACUCAGCUUGCCCAGCCUCCCGCGACUGGCCCAAACCCCCUCUCCCGCCGCUCUACUUCGAUGGUUUAAAUAAAGUUUUUCAAUCAGCA